AUGACUGUGGGAGAAUCCGACAAGUCUGAGCAAAAUGUUACUAAAUCUCAUCUGCUUCUUCCUCUGCACUCUGAUUGCAUCAAAUUUCACAGUCUGAGCAAAAUGUUACUAAAUCUCAUCUGCUUCUUCCUCUGCACUCUGAUUGCAUCAAAUUUCACGGGAAUUUUAGGUGAAGAUGCUUUGCUGCCAGCACCUCAGAAUAUCUCUAUUCUUUCUACCAACAUGAAACAUUUCUUAUCUUGGAGUCCUGUGAUUGUCCAGGGAGAAACUGUGAGAUACUCUGUUGAGUUUCAGGGGGAGUACGAACGAGAUUAUGCAGAUGAGAGCUGGAUUCCCAUCUGUGAAUGUUCACUCACCACAGCCACGGUGUGCAACAUCACAGAGGAUAUCUCAGCCACUGUGGCCUAUAACCUGCGUGUAAGGGCAGACAUUGGCACUAGAAGAUCAGAGUGGGGCACCCUGAAAGGUUUCUUCAAUCGCAUCACAACUUCCCUGACCCCACCUCUGAUGAAGGUCAUAGCAGAUGGCUAUCAUUUAUUAGUGGAGCUGGAAGACAUGGGGCCAGCCUUUCAGUUCUGUGUUCUCUAUUGGAAGAAGGGCCAAGAGAGUAGGAUGCAGCGGAAGAUGGUGAAGGAGGUCAGCUCUGUGGUUCACCUGGACACCAUGGAGGAAGGACCUGAUUACUGUGUAAAAGCUCAGACAUAUGUUGAGGCGAUCAACAGAAGCAGCAGCUUCAGCCAGAUACAGUGUGUGAGGGCACAAGGUGGCACAUCCAUGUGGCUGGUCACUGCCCUCCUCAUAUCUGCUGGCUUUGCCGUGGCUGCUUUGACCCUGUCUUUCGUUACCUGGAAAACAAGCAAAAUCCUUCAGUAUUCCUGCUGCCCUGUUGCAGUCCUGCCAGACACACUGAAAGUAUCAGAACCCCCAACCCAGCUGAUACUGUGUGGCAGUGAAGAAGAUGAGCAAUGUGAUCUGAUGGUGCAUGUGAUACCCUCAGAAGAAGUUCUCCAACUGUGGAUUCAAGAAACACUUUAGAUCUCAUAAAAAAACAGCCUGUGGAAACAGAUCUUGUAAGCAGAGCCGGCAGAUGGUACCCCAGCCACUUUCCUCAGAGUGCCAAUGAGUAGCAUUUGUGUCUAAAACCUUUGUGCCUAAAAACUGCUGCAAACCAAGUGAUAUGAGUGUGUGGCCUGCUCUGUCCUUCUGUGUAGCAUCUUCAUCCAUCUGCAUAAAAAGCAAGUAAAGGUCACAGGUGACAACCACUGUCUUCUAUAGUUUAUCUUCAUUUCCAUGCCCACAACCAGAUACGAGUUAACUCACGUUCACUUCUGUCAGUUGCAUCGAUAGUUCCAGGGCAGAGACCACCCUUUGCCACCAGGAUUUCACCAGAGCAAUGAAUGCAGAGACCAGUCCCUUUGUUCCAAACCAUUACAGCCUCAUUAUUUUUGCCUUGAUAUUUUAAAAAGAAAUUAAGCA